CGGGAGAGGAGAGGAGAGGCCGCCGCCGCCGAACAACAGCCCCGGUGAUCGCUUUAAACCCCGGGUUAUUCCCAAGUUGUAACCAUGAGCGAAUUGCAACGCGAUGAUGUCGAUUCCCGAAUUGUUGCUUUAGCGGCUAAGGUUGCUGAGAGUUCUGAUCAGAACGUCCCUGUGCUGCUUCUCAAACUGAAAGAAAUCUUGAAGGGAGCUUCUGGGGGAAGCAGAAGGUUGAAGAAGUUAAAGCAGGAUAUUUAUGACUAUGGCUUGGUCCAAUACUGCAUACUGGUGCUUUUACACGAUUACUCUCGAAUCCGAGGAGGUUGGUUUGUAGCUGCACAGCUGGCAAAUAUUCUCAGCUCUUGCUGUGCGGGGCUGGAGCCAAAGGAAAACGCUGAAGAGUUUCUCACCAAAGUGCUGCCAUCCGCUGCAGACAAUAUGAUGGUCUUGGCACGAAGGUUGCAAGCGCGCUUCUUCAGAGCUCUCAAGGCUGAUGACAGAAAAGAAUUCAUGCUCUAUUUCCGCACUGUGGUGGAUUCCAUUUGCUAUCUCUUUGGGGGCCAUAUUCAACUGACUCAGUAUGUCUUUCAGUCUGAUCACUUCCUUCAAUUGCUCCUCACUGACAAUGUGGAGGUUGAGGUCAUCAUGAUGUCUGUCCUGCAGAAUAUCCUCCGGGUGAACAGAUCAGUGUUGUUCUCUGUGGAUUGCAAAAGUAUUCAGUCAGUUCUGGACGAACUAAUCUACAAGCUCUCCGCUACCACCAAUCCAGUCAUAGGAAGCAUCGCAACCAAAGUCAUGUUGUUGUUGGUAGAGUCCCAUCCUCCCACUUUGAUCUUACUCUACACUGACUACAAAGGAUUGCACUCUCUUCUUAGCAAGCAGUGGACUGGAAGAGGCUUCGGCAAGGAGCUGAGUCGUUUGUUAGAUCUCCUGUAUGCUGGCUCCACCCAAGAAGUAGAAAGGAUGAGGUUCUACCAAGCUGCAAGCUUGAUUCAAGCCGCCUGGAGAGCUUACCAGACAAGGAAGCGUCUGAAGAAGCUCCCGAAAGCAGUGACGACUUUACAGCGGAGUUUCAGGGCGAGACAGGAGCAGGAAAUAAAGCGAAUAGAGAAGAGGAAAGCGGAGGAGGAACUGAAGCAACAGGUACAGUUGCGUCGGCACCGAGCUAUUCGGGAGUUUCGCCAGCGGCAGCUGACCUUACUGGAAAUCGUACCCGCAAGUCAGAUGGACAAAUACUUGCAGGAGGAGGAGGAGAAGUCUGCGUUGCUAAUUCAGACGCAAUGGCGUGGACACAGAGAACGGAGAGCCUUCUACCAGCAGAAACAGGCCCUCCAGGCGUUCAGGGCAGCCGUUGUUAUUCAGCGAGUCGUCUUAAAGUUUUUACAAAGACGUAGAAACCAGCGGAAGGCUCUCUCCGCUUGGAAGGGACCAAAGGGUCUGACGGACCAACACCGAAUCGAGCUACGCCAAAGAGUGGAACAGAAAAUCAAGAUGCAUCCAGCUCCCCCAAUGUCACAGGAGAGAGGGAUUGAGCUACAUUCCAAAGCUCAGGAGAUGUUGGGCCAAUAUCUUCUGAAGAGAAACUUUGAACAAAAGGCAGAACAGCAUCGGGAGGCAGUGCUCGCCCAGAUCAACACUGACAUCGAGCUGCUGAUCAAUGCUCCAAGUUUGAAGAACGCUACCAAGGAGAACGGGCAGGUGUUUCACAGCAAGUCUGUCCCUGUAGCCACCCGAGCCAGACAGUCCCAUAACUCAACCCUACAGUUCAUCCGAUGGCCUUGGUGGAGGAAGCUAGGCAAUGAAUUUCUGGAUCCUGAAAUGAUGGGUUCGGAGGAAGUGGAUUUCGAUUUUUUAGCGUUGUGAACGGAGAUCGGGAAUAUAACCUACAAAAUAAUGGUGGGGUGGGGCAGUGGUGAUCACAUAACAAUUGUUGUUCAUGUUUUUGUAUCAGCUUGGCUCUGUUUGCAGCACUCUUACCAUUGGGUUAGAAAGUUGAGGGUUCAAGCCCCAAGUCUGGACCUUAAGGUCAAUGUCUGAAAGACACAUAGUCCUGCCAACAGCACUGCAUUGUCAGAAGUUUGGUCAAUGUGAUGUACUUUUCUGAUCUCCUUAUUAAGGAAUCCAAUUAGAAAUGAAUGCAUAUGAGCUCCCAUUUUACUGCAUUAUUCUUCCCAAAACUUUACUGUGCAAUUUAUGUACCAGGAUUUAUCAAAAAAGCUGUAAACACUAAAAUGAUCUGCCCCAAUGGCUUAAUGAGCACAGGCAGCACCAGGCAACACAGUCUAGAAAGUUGAUUAUAGAUGCACUUCGAAACCAAGUUGAUCACUUUGUUACAGUGCACCUGAGUUGUGUAGGAAAAGCAGCUGUGGUACCACUCCUAUUGUUAUCCAGAGAACCUCUGCUUAAAGAUACAUGCAUGCUUGAAGAUAGCCUUCCCACCCCUUCUACCGCAAGAAUGCAUUUGAUACCUAGUCAUAAUUUUCCAGCUUCCGCACAGUUCUAUGAUGCUCCCGGCCUUACAUUAUCAUCCUUCACAUCAAGGAGUCAGCAAAUGCAAGUAACCUCCCGAGCCUAAGAAAUGGCCUAAGUUGCAGGUGUCAGUUCAGAUCAUCCCAGCAGUUGGAGGAAAAUUUUGAUCACGUAGGAGAAAUGUGUUGAAAUAUUUAUGUGCGUAAACAACUGCAUGCAGUGACCGGACUUGCUGACUUGGUUUUCUACCCACGUUUUACAAGAGAAAAAAAUGAUGAGCUGUCACUUGCUCUGUACCCUGCUCUGCUUUCAAGAGCAGAAUCACCCACGGUAAUGCAAAGUGACUAUAGAGUAAAAGCUUGAAGACAGGAGUAAGAGAGACGCCACAGAGAGUAACACUAAACGGGUAUCACUCACUCUCCUGGCUUUGUGCCAAGGUAGCUGAUUCUCCAGCAAGGGAUGAGGCCAUUCUUGGUUUUUUUUCUAGGAGACAUCAUCAGGAUUACUUGAUCCUGAUUGCUCGAAAUACAACAACAAAUCACAUUGUUUCGCGCCUUUCAUUUCGGGAGGACGUUCCAAGGCGCUGGAUGGUCAAGGAUUUGCACAGUACUUCUAUGCUUCUAUCCCUGAGAUUAAGACAUUGGAGUGUAAUCUGCCUAAUUCAUGACUAUGUAACGCCUUCUGGUUUACAAAUAUCGGAUUGGGAAACUCAUGGUGAUGUGGGUGACCAGCAAACCUCAAAUCCCAAAUUGGCAAAGAUUGUUGGGGUGGAGGGGGACUGGCAAACCAAACUCUGGAAGAGCAAGAGCACAAUAUCCCACCAGCCUUCGAUUUGGACUUUGUCAGCUUUGCCCCCAAUGAAAGCAACCAUUUUGGUUUGGAAAUUCCGCCAAACAGAUCCAGAUAUCAUUUUAGGCAGAAGAACGGUACAGGAUUAUUCUGGUCAGAUGAAUUUUGUUUGGUAUUCCGCGGGUCGGUAAAUUUACAGACAUAAAAUAAAGAAAACUUUUUAAUGAA